AAGCACGGCCUCACGAUGGUUGGGUUGGCACGAAUUGUGCUAUGUAUCACGUUACAAGUGAUCUUCGCGGAUGCCGCGCGAAUACUAGCGGUAUACCCCGUGCCUUCCAUCAGCCAUCAGAUCACCUUCCGACCGAUCACCUUGGAACUCAUCAAGCGUGGCCACGAAGUGGUAGUCAUGACACCAGACCCAAUGUUCAAGAAAGGUGAAACACCAGCGAACUUAACAGAAAUAGACGUCCACGAUCUAUCGUACCAGGCUUGGCAGGUGUUCAUGGAAUCAGCUAAAGGAAAGAAGGAAGACCUGAUCACUCAGAUGAGAGUUGCCUCAGAAAUGUUGAUCGACUUAGUGGACCUUCAAUUGCAAAAUAAAGAAGUGAAAGAGAUCAUCAAAGGGAAGCAGCAUUUCGAUCUUUUGCUGGUCGAGGCUUGUGUUCGACCAGCUUUGGCGUUUUCGCAAGUGUACAAAGUGCCGUUGAUACAGAUAAGUUCGUUUGGAGCGAUAUUUGAGAACUAUGCAGUGAUUGGGGCACCGACACAUCCUUUCUUAUACCCUAGUAGUAUGAAUCAAAGGAUUUACAAUCUGACAAUUUAUGAGAAGUUGUACGAAUUGUAUAACAAUUACAUGAUCGAUAGACUGUUCAAUGGUAUGGCUGAUGAUGAACAUAAAAUGUUGAAAAAGCAUUUUGGCCCAGAUAUACCUCAUAUAACUGAAUUGCAAAAUAGGAUCGACAUGUUGUUCUUGAACGUUAAUCCGAUUUGGGAAGGAAUUCGUCCAGUGCCACCGAGUGUUAUACAUUUGGGAGGGUUGCCCCAGAAACCGCACAAGGAAUUGCCUCAAGACCUAAAAACAUAUUUGGACUCUUCCAAGAACGGCGUAAUCUACAUCAGUUUUGGUACAAACGUGAAGCCUAGUCUACUCCCCGCUGAGAAGAUUCAGACCCUCAUCAAAGCCUUUUCGAAGAUGCCCUACGAUGUUCUCUGGAAGUGGGACAAGGAUGAACUGCCUGGCAAAUCAGCGAACAUCAGAAUCUCCAAAUGGCUACCACAAUCUGACUUGCUUAAGCACCCAAAAAUAAAACUCUUUGUAACACAAGGAGGUCUACAAUCAACUGACGAGGCGAUAACUGCGGGAGUGCCUCUAGUAGGAGUUCCAAUGUUGGGAGACCAAUGGUAUAACGUGGAGAAAUAUGUGCACCAUGGAAUCGGAGUAAAACUUGAACUGAUAUCCCUUACUGAAGAAACAUUCAGUACUGCUGUUAAUACUGUGAUUGGUGAUGAGAGUUACCGGAAAAACAUCAACAAACUACGGACCCUGAUGACUGAUCAGCCAAUGAAGCCUUUGGACCGUGGUAUUUGGUGGAUAGAGCAUGUCCUCCGUCAUGGAGGAGCGAAACACCUCCGUUCCCCCGUCGCCAAUAUCUCUUGGGCCGAGUAUAUGGAGUUUGAAUUGAUUGCCAUAGUCUUGUCAGCUUUACUAGCUGUUUUAGCCAUUGCCAUUGGCUUAGUAUAUAGUCUAUACAGUUUUGUGACGAAGAACUAUGUAAUUAAGACUAAAGUGAAGAGUAGUUAAAGAUUUUUUUUUUAUGUUUAGAACUUGAGACGGGAUAUUUACCAUGUUUAUUUAUGUCGAUGAGUGUCCAAUGUUUCGGCACCGUUGCAAGCGUCAUGAUCACGGAUGAUUUCAACGGAUGAACUUCGAAAUAUUGGAAACUCAUAGAUAUAAACAUGGUAAAUAUCCCGUCUCAAGUUCUAAUGAUAAUGUUUAGUGACCAUGUCAAUUUAAAAACAUUGUUUUUGUAUUUUUAUUACAACUUUCGUGAGACAUACUAAAUUAAUUAUUACGUUAUUGAUUGUCUGUAUCGACAGUAACAGUGCGAUUGUCGCUGUGUCAUGUGUUGCGGAAUGCUGCUUAUGAAUAUGAGCCUAUGAAUAUGUGUUAAAAAACUUGUUAAUGUGUUUUUUUUUAAGUUUGUGACUGUAUGGCAACACGAAAUAUUAUGCUGAUAAUUAUUAUAAGUUUAGGUAAUGUAUUGUGAUAUAUUACGAAUAUUAUGAGCCAUUCUAAAAAUGUAAUUGCUCCUUGCGCGGUCCAAAUCGCAAUUAUCAAUUCAGGUAAUUCUUAAGCGAAUGUGAUAUAAUAUACUCAAGUAUAUUCAUUAAUCUAAAUAUAAAAUAAAUAUGUUAUUUUAAUUUAUUAAUUUGAUUUUUAUAUUUUAAUAAUAAAUGUGUUAAUAAAAA